CGGGACGCGCAGCGUCGCGACGCUCCCUCUCUAUCGCAAUAAAACGCUCUCGUGUAUUAUUAUAUACUUAAUUCGCGAGGAGACGAAUAAUAAAGCCGCUCGAGCUAAUGCUGGAAAUGUUGCACUUUUUAUAAGGUUCAACUUCACUUUUCGUAUGUACUACGCAAACUUUUUUCUCAAUUAAGAAAGUUGAGACAAAACCAUUGGUGAAGUUAUCCUAAAGGACCGUUUUCAUCUGAGUGUAUCCCAACCAGCUGAGUGGCGAUAUCGUCGUCCUUUCCCUGAAAGAAGAAGAACUGUUUCGCGAAACCGGUUUCCAGUGUUCCUCACGACGUUGCCGAUAGUCAGUGCUGCCAACAUAUACGCGAUUUUUUUUUCUUAUCAUUCUUCCCUUCUCACUUGUCCCUCCUUUUCUUCUUCUUUUCACUUUUACUUCUCUUGCACCUUUUGGUAUACCACCUCUACCGCACUUGCUCUAUCCGAAUGCCACUGGUUCUCGUUCUGAUGCUGGAGCUCGUGCAGCAUCCUCACUUCCAGUAAAAGGGUUCAGUUGUUCCGCGGGCACGCAAGUUGCACCUUGCAUUGCAUCGAGGUCGACCGGAUUCCCGUUUCCAUAAUAGAAAUUGCUUGGAACAUCGGACUCCUAUAACUUUCAUAUAGUUAGCCGCGCCAGAGUGAUAUGUAUUUUUUGGAAGUACUGACAACAGUGCGAUUUGAUUGAAAUUUUCUAUACGUUUCUUCGUUUCUUAUUCAUUCAUGAAUUAAGUGAAACUACGGAUAGUGUGCCGAAAAGUGUUAUGUGAAUACGUGUGUUUCUAUUAUCUAAUGAUUAUUAUUGGUGAACGUAUACCUCUUUCGAAAGUACAGGUUGCAUCCAAGAGCAUAGACUACAAGGUUCUAUGAACUGCAAGCGCAGCAGGGGAUUCUAUUGUGCAGUUAUAAUUAUUUGCAACAAGUGCAUCGCUUCGGGAACGUGAAUAGUUUCAUUAAUAAAAAGAAAAGAGGAGAGAGAAAGCAAGAGAAACUCGAUAUCUUUCUUAAAACAGUGAAACAGUUACUGUUGAAGUGUAAUUUUUUUUCCAUGAAAGUUUCGCACGAUAGCUUCAUAGUGAAUAUCGAUUGGAUUGAUCUGACGUAAACCUACUUAAUUUUUGUCAUUGGACAUUCUAUUAAAAACAAAAUAAUUGAUAUUGUGUAAUAAUAAUAAUUAAAUGUUGUUCUCUCUAAAUUGAUGUUACCCAAAAAUAUAUAUACUUUCCUAGUGUUGAGCGUAGUGAUAACGAUAAGACGACCCUUUAUUAAAAUGAAUUAACUAACAACUAUUCUCUACUGUCUGUGUGCAAGAGUGCGUGCAUCAUUGUAAAAAGACAUUUAUUUAACACUUUAAAUAGAUACACUUUCAUAUACUUGGGCAUUACGUAAAUCAUAUAAAAGUGAAAAGUACGAAACAAGUGAUAAUGAAAACGUGAACUCUACCUAAUGGAUCUUUUAAUUCGUUUCUAAGAAACCUUGCGAAACAAAGUCUAAGCAACGAUAAAGAGUUAGAAUAGUGGCAAAGUGAUGAGCGGCAUUAGGUAAUUUAAAAAAAAAAUUCUGUACCCCGCGAGCGUGAAGUUUUGUUCCGCGUUUCACAUAUGUGGAAACGAGUUCGUGAAAUAAUCGCAGCGAUGGAUCUGUGGAAACGUUCCUGUACUUAUCCACACGCUUAUCUGCUUUGGAUUCUCGCAAGGAUCAUAUUUGUCAAUGGAUUAUAUGAAGACACCAAUCUACCGGUCCACACGGUUACCGCCGAAGCUGGUAGUAACAUAUCCCUAGCUUGUCCCGGAGUCUCAGAGCAUUCUCUGGUGGCAACGUUAGAGUGGCGAGUCAAUGAUAAUCGAAUCCUCGUCUACUCAACAAGCUCGACAACAGGAUUCGAUCCACAUAAUCACAUAACGUUGUCGCCUUCGAAUUACGCUCUCGUCUUUGAUCCAGUGAAGUCAUCCGAUACCGGGGAGUACAAGUGUCUGGUUAACAACAGAAACAUACCGGAAGCAGUAGUCAGAUUGUUGGUUCAAGGGAAUCCGCUAGGACAACGUUAUCUGCGGUUACGGAUGACAAAUCCUAUUUUACAAAAAGCUUUCUGAAAAUAGUCACAACGGACAGUUGGGAAAAAGAAAUACCCUGCUACUAACAAUAUAGUUACGAGUAGUAAAUAGUGUUUGAAUUGUGGAAAUCGGUAAGAAAAAUAAAAUAGGUACUAUCCUGUA